AUGACGGACGUUUAUGUGGUUGUGGAAAUUGCAACCACCUGCGACGAAUCUUCCAACUAUGUCUCGAGAGACUCCACGGAAUUGAUUGAGUUUACGUGGGCCGCUAUUGAUGCCACCACCUUGGAAACGAUUCAUCUGGAUUCCGUUCUUGUAAGACCAACGAAUACACCCAUAACACCAUACUGUGCCAAGCUUCACAAGAUAUCCUGGGAGCACGUCAAGUCUUCUGGUGGGACAUUCAAAGGAGCCAUUCUGAAGUUCGAUAAGUUUGUUCAACUGGAAAUUUUAGAUAAGGAUUUGCAGUUUCUGUUUGUGACGUGGGAUGUCAGCAAGUUGAGAGUACAGUUACCACGGGAAGCCAGAGAUAAGCUGGUGGUAUUGCCGUCUUACUUACAACACCCAAGGGUGUUUGACUUGCAGAACGAGUACGUUAAGUGGCAGGCAACACACCCAGAAGCUUUAAGCUACACCAGCAGCUCGAUAGGAAACAUUAUCACUGCAUUGGAGAUUGAAUUGGAAGCUGAUGAAGCCGAAAUUAUUAGCCCACAACAUAGUGUGCAUGGAGCAAUAAACCAGGGCCAGAGCCAAAGUAGUAGCCAGAGCAGUUCCAGUGGUUCACCCUCACCUACACCAGAAGGAGACACUCGCUCGAAGACGAUGUCAUUGGUCUACUCUAAAUUUUUAACUCAAUUGAUCAAGAAGUCUAUCCCAGCGGAAGAUCACCCCCUUGUCCUUACAAAGCCCUUUGACUCAGCACAAGAUGUCAAGGUAUUUCUCGCAGAAAGGUCUAAAAUCUUGUACCUUUCCAACUUGCCCCUUGAUACUACCCAGUCUGAGUUGGAGUCAUGGUUCACUCAGUAUGGAGGGAGACCUAUCGCCUUUUGGACAUUGAAAAUGUUAGACGAAAAAAAUAACAAUAGCAAUGUUAAUUCCGCUACUGUCAAAUCCAUCAAUGGAUUUGCAGUGUUCGCUACACAUGAAGAGGCUACUGAAUCAUUGUCAAUGAAUGGUAGACUAUUAAACGAUAAAUCUAUUGAAGUCCAGGCAUCAUCUACUAGGGUAUUGGAUAAGGCGAGCGAGCUUUUGACCCCUUUCCCUCCUCUGAAGAAUAGGCCAAGACCUGGAGAUUGGACUUGCCCAUCGUGUGGCUUUUCCAAUUUCCAAAGAAGAACUGCUUGCUUCAGGUGCUCCUUCCCAGCUUCCAGUGCUGUGGCCAUACAGGAAAGCAUCUAUACCAAGAAGGGUUCCGGUACCACUGGAAGCGGAAACAAUAAUAACAGUAGCAACAAUAGUAACAGUAACAACAGUAGCAACAACUAUAUUUCGAACAAUAAUAGUAACCAUAGCAGCAACGAUAAAUUGAACCCAAUCAGCUCCAAUACUGUUAUGGGAUAUUCAUCUAACUCUCCAUACGAUCAUGGUAACAACAACAAUAACAACUUUAAUAGCAUUCUUAUGAACAAUUCGAGUAGCAUGACAAGCAUAAAUGGAAAUAACCACAACAACUAUAACAACAACAAUAGUAAUAAUAAUAACAAUAACAACAGGUCUUAUGGAAACAACGUACCAUUUAGAGCUGGUGAUUGGAAAUGUGAGACAUGUUUUUAUCACAAUUUUGCGAAGAACUUAUGCUGUUUGAAGUGUGGUAAUGGUAAACCUGCCAACAGUGGUAACAACAAUAACAACAAUAAUGGCAACAGCAACGGCAAUAACGGUAAUAAUAUGCAUUUGAACUCGGUCAACUCAACUGCUGCUGCUAUUGCUGCUGCUACCGCAAGCGGACAACCUUUAAACUUGAAUAAUGGAUUCGUCGGUACACAACAACCACAACUGAAUCAUUAUGGAAAGAAUAACAAUAACAACCAAAGCAACAACCUCAAGAACUCUGGAGGCAAGCAGUACAACGUCCAACUGCAACAAUACCAGAAGCAAAUGAUGAAUGGCAAACAGGGAAAUAUUAGAGGGAACCACAAUUCAACUCCGAAGCCUUUGUUGCAACAACAUUUGAUGAUGUUACAGCAACAGCAGCAACAGCAACAACAACAGCAACAACAACAGAAGAUUCCAAAUCAUAUGGGAUCUCCACAGACCAGUGCAUAUUCACACCCAGUGGGAUCUCACUCACAGGGAAUGUACGACGUUUAUGGUAAUCAAUACGGGAACGGGUCGGAAUCUGGACUCUCAAACCUUCCGAAAUCCAACCAUGGUGAUAAUAGAAACCGCAUUGAUGGUCUCAGCACUCACAUUCAAUCAUUAAACCUUAACAACUAG